AUGGCUGAGAGCAAUAUCAACGUCGAUUCUAGCGCUCAUGCUCCUCGCCUAGCCGGCAUCGUCCAAAUCACCGUCAUCGAAGGCUGCAAGUCUCAGAUCUUCUACAUCGCGCGCAACCUACUUGACUCCAAAGCGCCCGGUUUCAUGAGCGCUGUCGAUCCCACGAAACAGGCUGAGCAAAUCGCUGUCGAAAUCACUGAUGUUCAAAUCGAAGCUUUCGAUCAUUUCGUGAAAUGGCUGGAGGAUAAAACUGGCUCUUCCUCUCCAAUGGUUUACAUCUGUCGAUGGUUGUGUUUGGCCCAUGCCUAUGUCUUUGGCGAGAAUUAUGGCAUUCCCACACUACGCGAAGCUGUGAUCGAUGAAAUCCAGAAGCGGGCAAUGUCUGUCAAGCGCAGUCUCGAUCAUGUUCCUAUCGCACUCUUCACACCACCGGACCAUGUCACCUAUGUCUAUGACAACACACCGGUACAUUCACCACUUCGCGCCGUUCUCGUGGAUCUCUUUUGCACGGCGGGUACCGGUACAUUCACCGCUUCACGUCAUUCUCUUGGAUCUCGUCUGAAUGGCGGAUUGAUUUUGUCAAACCCGUCGGAAUAUCUGAAACGAUACCCAAAACACUUCUUUGUCGACGUUAUGGUCCAGAAACUUGGAGCUGCGACCAGUGAGCAAGAUUCCGCGCGAGUCGUAGGUACGAACGUGGAUCAACAACACACUGAAAAGGAGCUACCAAAGAAAAAGAGGAAGGCGUCGGGGUGA